AUGUCAGAUGGUGGAUAAUAAAGACUUGACAUUCGAGUCUUCAACCUAUCUCUUUUAACAGCAAUAAAUGGCAAAUGACAGACCCAGUCGACAGGUGCUCCAACAGACCCACUUCCACUUCGACUGAAAAUGCAACAUUAUUAUGAUUUGGUGCCUUCACUGUUUUACUGGUACAGUAGCUGACUGUUCACAGUCUGCGCCUUUUUCACAGCCGCUUUUUUAGGAAAGUUGUGCUCUUAGUAUUAGUGCAGGCGUAAGAGGCGGGCGACUUGAGCCUGCAUAGCUGGGAUUUUAGUGUCUUUACAGAUAAGACUCUUUUUUUCCCUGUGGGCUUUGACAGCUUUUGAGAAUGGGAAUUUGGGUGGCGUGGAUAUGGUUUCUGGUUAUGACAGGAGGUGUUGUGGGUGCUCCCCUGGAGGAUUUGGUGAGGAGUCUGCCUGGCCAGCCGGCAGUGAGCUUCAGGCAAUAUGCUGGCUAUGUUACUGUCGAUCAAGUCGCCGGCACUGCACUGUUUUAUUAUUUUGUAGAGGCGGAGAAGAAUGCCACUAACUUGCCUCUCGUUCUCUGGCUCAAUGGAGGUCCUGGUUGUUCUUCGAUAGGAGGAGGAGCUUUCACUGAACUGGGACCGUUUUUUCCAAGCGGUGGACUCCAAAAUGGACUCACAACCAAUUCUCACUCAUGGAACAGGGUUGCAAACCUUCUAUUCGUGGAUUCGCCCGCUGGAGUGGGUUGGUCUUACUCCAACUCUUCAUCAGCAUACUCAUACAACGAUGAAAGAGUAGCAAACGAAACCAUGACAUUUCUUAUGAACUGGCUGCACAAGUUUCCAGAAUACAAGACAAGAGACCUCUUUCUCGCUGGCGAGAGCUAUGCAGGGCAUUAUAUUCCUCAGCUGGCCUCUCUAAUCUUGAGGUAUAACACUCACAGCCGGCAGCUCUCCAGAGCGUUUAAAUUCAACCUCAAAGCCAUAACGGUGGGCAAUCCUCUUUUGAACUACGGCUUGGAUACGAGUGCAACAUACUUUUUCCUGUGGUCGCACGGACUGAUAUCAGAUCAUACCUACAAGGGUGUCAGUUCCUCGUGCGACUUCAGCGACGGCACUAUAUCAGCAGUGGAGGAGACACUAGAAGCAGCAGAAAAUGAAAAGGCGGGCACCUGCCCUUUCUUCGUCGCAGCUGCGCACAAUGAAGUGGGAGCAAACAUCAACAUGUAUGACGUUACGCUCGAUGUUUGUCCACCUCCCAUCAUUCGACAGGCCCUCAGACUACGCAAGCGGAUUAAACAUCGUGUACAAGAGAAGGGCAUCGAUGUCUGUAUAGACAACGAGAUAACGUCUUAUUUGAACAGGCACGAUGUCCAACAAGCUCUUCAUGCCAAUACCACCGCUCUUCCAUACCCAUGGGAGGCUUGCAGUAGGGUGAUUGAAUACAAGUUCGAAGAUCAACUACAGGAUAUGCUUCCUGUGAUAACAAGUCUUAUAAAACAAGGCUUGCCUGUGUGGAUUUUUAGUGGAGAUCAAGAUUCAGUGGUUCCAUUAAUUGGAACACGAACCCAAAUCGAUAAGCUUGCUAAAGAAUUGAACCUUAAAAUAUUAAUAUCAUACAGUGCUUGGUAUGCCCAUGGACAGGUAGGGGGAUGGACAGAAGUAUAUGACAAGCUUGUCUAUACAACAGUUAGAGGAGCUUCACACAUGGUUCCAUAUGCACAACCAGAGAGGGCAUUGGUUAUGUUCCAAAGAUUCUUAGUUGGAAAGCCAUUACCCCGACACUCAUAUUCUGUAAAGAUUCAUUAGUUUGAAAUGGUUAUCUUUUUAGAAAAAGAACAUGAUGCAAGCACUAAAAUGUAGUUAUGUAAGAAACAUCAAAUACAUUUAUCAUGCAAAAAGUAGGAAAAUAUGUAGUAUUUGCAUGUUGAGAGGUGAGUCUUAUCCAUUUCUAAAUAAGUAUUUGGUUAAGUUUCUUAAGCCUUUGAUGAUAAUAGAAGUUGGUCUUUUAAAAUGGAUAAUAGACACUAACUUAUACGUGAGCAUUAAAUUGAUUUCA